AUGAGGAAGGAAAUUGUGACAUUAGGUGGAAUAAAAAGCAUUAAGUUAAAGUUUGGGAAGGAUAUUUUUGAGAAAUUAAGAGAAAUUGGCCAAGAAAAAGUAAAUGUUGAAUUUAGAAUAAUUUUUGAGUCAAAAGAUGAUAAGAUAUUUAAAUUAAUUACAGAUUAUAUUCACUUAAUGAAUAGAAGAAUUUGUGAAAGAAAUAUAAAUCAAAAUGGAAAUGAUAACAUUCAUUCUUGUAUACUGUGUGAAACAAUCAUACAAGAAUGUGAAACAAAAAAUGGCAAGAAGAAGUUUACUAUAUUAUUAUCAAAGAGUGAUGAUUUAGAGAUCUUAUCUGAUGAAAUUUCUCAACAAAAUGGUGAUAUUUCUUUUCAUAUUAAAUGGAAUGUUAGGGAUAAACAAAAACAUUAUGAAUUAGUGGGUUUAUUAUCUCAAUCCAUUAUUUCCGAGUUUGUUUUUCCAACAUCAAUAUUACAGUAUUCAAAUUCUAGGUUAUUCUUAACUUUAACAUCCUCAGUUACCCAGAAAUUUAUUUGGAGUUCUAAUACAUUUUUAAUGAGUAAUUUUGUUAAAUACAAAAACAUUGAUUCUGAUUAUAAUCAUAAUAAUCAAGAUACAUUAAUUUAUUUAACAACUUUGCAAAAUGAAAAUGUUUUAUAUAUAUAUAAUGAAUCAAAGAAUAGAGUUAUUAAUAAAAAUCAGAUUAACCUUGAAGGAAUUAAAAAGUUUAAAGUUAAAGAAAUGAUUGAAAGAAGUAUUAAAUUACAUAGAGUUUUAGUCAAGUAUAGGAGACAGUUGGAAAAUUAUCAUUCUAUUAAAGUCAAGUGUGGUCAUCCAAAUCCAGAUAAAUUGAUUAUUAUUAAUCAUGAUUCUUUUCAACUUAGUAAUAUCAAUAAUCAUCAUAAUCAUAGUAAUAAUAACAACAAUAUUAAUCAUGAUCAUGCAAUUCAAAGUUAUAUUAACGAGAAUUAUGAUAUUAAUCAUCCCAAAAUGUUAGAAGAUGAUGAUUCAGAUUUAAUUAGAUUAAAGAAGCUGGAAAAGGUACGUGAACAAGAAAAUAUUAAGGAAUAUAUUAAAGUUUUAAAAAAUAAACAUAAUGAAUAUAAUGAGUUAAUUCAACAAAGUAAAAUAGAAAUGGAAAAAAGUAUAGUUCAAAUUAAUGAAUUAAAUCAAGAAAUUGACUUAUAUAGAAAUGACUUGAUCAAUAAAGUAUCCUAUUGUAUAUAUCCAAUUACUUAUGAAAAAAAAACUUCUAAUAUGAAAAUUAGAAACAUCUUACUCCCUUUAAUUAAUGUAAUCCAGAAUUUAGAUAAUAAACAAGAUUUGGAAAUAUCUACAUCACUUGGAUUUUCACUACAUUAUUUGGAAAUUAUUUCAAAUAUAUUGGAGAUACCAUCACCAAAUAAAAUUAUUGUAAAAGGAUCAUUUUCAGUAAUUAAUGAUAAUCCAUUGUAUUUUUAUCCAAAUAUGAAUAAAAAACAAAUAAUUAAAGCAUUAAAAUUUUAUAAGUCAAUCAUUUAUAACAUUUUAAAUUAUUUUAAUGUUAAUCAUCUCAAGUCAAAAAAGAUUUUAUCAUCAAAUAAUAUAUUACUUAUGCUUUUAAUAAUAAAAAAAUAUAUAACAAAUUAUCAUUAA